AAUUCAUCUGAGCGGGAUUUAAUAAUAAAUAAUAAUCAUUUAAAAAUUUUACAAAAAAAAUAAUAAUAAAUAAUAAAUAUUUUAGACAUUGUGAAUUUGAUGUAUCUGAGUGACCAGGAUAUCUAUUACCUAUUGGUAAAAGGUUACAACUUUAGAAAUAUAUACUUACUAUUAACGGCCGUUAAAUAGAAACUCUAUUAAAACGAAUACAUUUGACGUGUAACACCAACAGUAAUCAGUUCUUAAUUAUUAAAUUAUUUAUUAUUUUUGCUUUUUUCUAUAAAAGUAUAAAAAUACUAUACAAUACUCAUAUUAUUACAUUUAUAAUUUAAUUAUUUUCAAUAACCAUUAAAAUGUGAUUAUUUGUUGUGGCAGAUAUUAAUGAUUUAUCUUGAUCAAUAUGUUUGAACUUGAAGAAUUUGAUUUAGACGAUGAAGUAUUUCUUAAUACCCAGAUGCCAACAUUCAUUAAUAGAUCACCAAUAAUAUUAUCAAAUUCAAAUCCUGUUACUUCAAAUUUUGAAGAUGAUGAUGAAAUAUUCCUUAAUGUAUCAAAUUCUGUUUUUGAAUUGGAAUCUUCACACUCUGAAAAUAAUGAAUUAAAAAUUGAAAAUACUACAAAAGAACAAAAAAAGAAUAAUGAUAUUUCGCAAAAUAUAGUAAAAACCCAAUCCAAACAAGAUAUUACAAAAUCAUAUAAUGAAAGUCAGCAAAAUAAAAUAAAAUUAAAUUUUGAUGAUGCUUUUGAUUCUGAUGAUGAAACUUUUUUCAACACAUCAAAUAUAAUAGAAGAUGCUAUGAGUCCAUUAAAGGACAAUGACUGUACAGCUAAAUUUGAUUUUAAUGAUGAUCAUAAUGAGGUUUCAAUUGUUAAUUCUGGAAGUUAUCAGUUAAAAUCUUCAAACUUAAAAAAUUAUAAUAAAACAAAUUGCAACGGCCAUCUUAAUACAACUAUUACUAGUGUAAAAUCAAUGACUCCAAAAUAUACUUCUAGAAAAUUUCCUGGACCUGCUGGUCUACUUUCAGAAAACGAAGAUCUAUGUUUAGAAGAUCCUUCAAACUUGGAAACUUUGGAUAUGUCAAUUAACAUUAAUGAAAAUGAUAGCAAAGAAGAGAAUUUGUGCACUCAAGCAAAUGAUUCAUCUUUUUCUUCAUCACCAUAUCAACAAUUUCUAUCAGAUUUUUUCACCACCGAUGUUGAUGCUUUAUUAGAUAAAUUUAAUGUUGCAUGGAUAAAGCAGAAACUUCUUCCAUACACUGCGUCUGGUCGUUCUUUCACAGAUAAGAUACCAUUUUUUGUUUCUGUUUUAAAAGAAAUUGAUUGUUUAUCACCAGAUCCAACAGUUCUACUUGCUGACAAAACAGGACAUAUCAGAGGAACAAUUCAUAGAGCUGUUUGGAACCAAUUUAGCAGUCAGUUGAAACCUGGAGCUGUUUUAGUAUUAACAAAUGUUGGCGUAUCAUGCCAAAAAAUACUUAAGGGAUUUACUCUUAAUAUUACUGGUGAUCAUUUAGUUGCCAUUUAUAGUUAUUCUUCUGAGAAUGUUCAAGAAGUAAUUGUUACUCGAACAACAAUUAUGACAAAUAAUGAAAUUGUCAGUGGAGUCAAACAAUGUAAUGCAUACAACGCGGAAGACUCAAAUAAAAAUUCUAAUUCAGUAAUAAAUAAGAGUCGGAUGAAUAUACUUAAUAAUUUGAAAUUGGAUGACACUUUGACUGAUCAUAGUCCCCUACCAUCAAAUGUCAACUGCCAAAUCAAAAAUAAUACUCCUGGUCAACUAACACCUGCUAAAAGUGUUUUCACACCAAGAACUUCUGUAGUUCAUAAUCUAUUCAAAAGUGUUCCUAGUAUUUCUAGUGAUUUCUCAGAAGAACCACCAACCAAACGAACAAAAAAUGAAUCAAAAACUGAAGAUCAAUGUUCAGAUAACGAAAUCUCUAUUAUUCAAAAUAUUUUUGAAGGAAUUGAUGAAAAUGAAAUGUUUAAUGAUUUUUGUUGUUGAAGUGCUUCUUGAGCUACAAAUCUAUUUUAUUUCAAAGGUGCUUUUUAAUUUAACUAAAUUGUAGUUUGUAAAAGUUUAUUUUUAUUUGUAAUUAAAUCUAAUUGUUAGUGAGAACAGUUCUCCACUGUUAAUUUCAUUGUAAGCUGCAUUAUUCUUCAUAUCUAUUUUUGUUUAAUGAUUUUUUACUUUUAUGAUAAUAUUAAACAAAAUAAUAAUUGAAAA